AUGUUUUCCACUCUCUCGUCGAGCGCCAUCGACGACAUUCUGCGGCACGCCGUCCACUUCAGCCAGGGCACCACGGCCGGCGUUGCCCCGAGUCCCGUCAGUUUUAUCAGUGCCACGCAACCCGGAGUCGCCUAUCCGGGCGUGUUCGACUCUUUGAACUAUCACCAUCAUCACCACGCGCUUCCGACGAGCAUGCAGACGACGGCGAUUCCGAGCAGCAGCAGCAGUCAUCCGACCACCACUGGUGAGUGUUUCAUUGUACAGAAGUGUCAACACAAGAGUGCAUGAUUUUUAAUGAAUUUACAAAGUCCAUAUUUUAAAGUCCUUGAUGUGCUUCCUAGGACAUUUUCCUAGUGAGUCUGAAGGAACGCAUCUUUUCUCGCCGUCAGACAGAUAGUCUUGAGCCUGUAGCACGAUUUCUAGAAGCCCAUUUUUGCUAUGAAACCUGUCAGCAACAACCAAUCAGAGUUUUCGAAGAAAAAUUUGAAACAGGUACUUUGAAAGUGAUCGUUGCAGUUGAAUGAUAUUCAAAGAACAUGACCGACAAGCACCCGGAAUAGUUCCAAAUUCCAAGUAAUGAGUGUUGUGUUCCUCUUCAAACUAGACUCUAGUCCACCAAAUUCAUAGUUUAUAUUCCUCAAGACUUUCAACUUAAAACUUGCAGGUCAUGGUCGAGGUCGCCGCAAAAAUUCGACCAUCAAUCUGAUCUGCGUGGUGUGCGGAGAUCAGGCGUUCGGCAAGCACUACGGAGUGAACGCGUGCAACGGCUGCAAAGGAUUCUUCCGACGCAGGUUCGUCUUGUCUUCCGAUCUUGUGAUCAUUUGAUUUCUGAUCUUGAUGAGUGUGACUUUUAAAAACAAAGUUUCUCUGAGGCUAAACGAUCAGAUGAUGAGCACUGUUCCCUGUCGAAUUGACGAGAAUGGAAGGAGUGGAAGCGGCGAAGAGGAAGCGGGGAUUAGGCAAAUAUUAUGUACUUUUGUUGGCGAGAGAUGUUGAUGUUUAGAGGGGUGUCUGAGGGUCUAAAAGUGCGAAGAGCAAAGAGUUCAUCUUGAUCGAAUUGAGAGAGAUUUCGGGUGUUUGAACAUGCUAGGACUAGAGUCUAGUUGUGAGGGACACUGUAUCAUUAGCGACAUCAGAAAACGCUCGGGCCGUCAAAAAGUUGUAACUUCCCACACAAACCGUACAGUUAAAUCUGACCUAGCUCACAUGUAUGAAAGUGAUCAUUUGACUUUUGGCUUUAGAUGCUGAAAAAUUAAAACAGGUCAGAUAGUGAUUGUGUGUAGUUGAAGUUUCUGUCGUACACUACAGAAUACGCGAUCUCCGAAAUGUGCUUCUUCUGUGAUUGGCGCCGAAACACAACCCAAUCACUCGGUUCCCUCAAAUUACACUUCGCUGAGCUCCCAUGACGUUUUCAUGUUUCCCGUUCUCUUCUUCCAAAGUUCAAUUCGUCCAUUUUUGCUUGAUAUUAUCAGCGGCGGUUAUCAAUGUGUCUCUGUCCAUCUACGUGAUUCUUGGCAAGACCGAAAAGUUUAUUAUUUCUUCCCUUUCUCUUCCGCGCGGCCGCAGACGCUCCGAUCAUAUGAUCUUUUGUCAUGUUGAUGUCCUUUUGCGCCAGAAAGGAAGAUGUUGUCUCUAAUUGUAAUAUUGCAGUGUUUGGAACAAUCGCCAAUACUUGUGCCGUUUCGAGGGACGAUGCGCGAUAGCGAAAGGUGAGGAAGUGCUCAAAUAGAAGCCACAAAAUAGUGUGUUCACAUGUGUACACACACCGCGACAACUUUUUGGAACCCUUCGAUUCGUGUGUACACAGUACAAGUCAGACUUUUUGUAGUUUAUGUGAUUCAAUUUUUUCAGAGCACCGAAAUGUGUGUCGAGCAUGUCGACUCAAGCAGUGCUUCGUGGCAGGAAUGAACCCGCGAGCCGUGCAAUCGGAGCGAGAGCAGCGAGGUUCAACGGAUCAGGUGCAGGUUGUCGAAGAGGACGACUACAAGGAGAUGUCGUCGCCCGACACAUGCUCGGUCGAGAUUCAGACGGACGUCGAUGAGCACAAGCUGUCGGACGUGCAGAUACCGCUGCCGAGUAUGGAAGCGGAGAUGGCCAGGUCUUCGGAGCAACUCGUCGAGAUGCACAGAGCAGUCUGCUCUCUAGUGGAUCCAGUUGUGAAGCGAGAGCAAUGGGACUCGAAGAUGGAAACGGAGGCGACCGCUACCAAAGUGGCCUUCAUGAACGCCUUCUUCAACCCCGGAAUGAUGUCCCCGAGAACUCCGCUUCUGAUCACGGGCGCACGAAUCGCAACCGUUCAAGAUGUGAUGGACGAAUGGAGAAGGAACUUUGUGCUCUUCUCCGAUUGGCUCCGAGCCCUUCCCGAGUUCAAUCAGCUCUCCGUGGAAGAUCAAAUUGUGUUGGCGAAGAACAGAUACGGCCCAUUCCACUGGUGGCUCUGCGCCAACUGGACGGUGCAGGCCGGCUGCGACGGCGUCUGCUACUCAAACGGAGCCUACUUUCCCCGGCACGCGGAGGCGCAGUGUGUUCCCGAUGUGAAGGGUUCCAGCAGUCGGAUGUUCGAUUCGCUCUCCGUGCCGAUCCACGAAUUGCAGCUGGACGAGACCGAAGUCGUGCUGAUGCUCGCCGUGAUUCUCUUCAGUGACGGUUCGUGUGUUCGAAAGCUUCUCGCGUAGUCGCUCGCUAGUGGUAGUUAGUCGCAUGUCAAGUGUCUAUUUCAGAGGUUACAGAACUUGCGGACCUCUCGGCGUCCGGAAAAGAGCACGUUCGGGUGGUGGGCAACAAGUUCGUGAAGAUGUUGCACCACCACGUCAACUCGAAGGAUUACGGAGAGCCGCCAGUGCCCGGCGGCGAGGAGAGCCACAAUGUGAGCGAGAGCCAGUCGGCCGUCCGAAUCGCCAAGAUGAUGAUACUGCUCUCAGCGACGACGGUUAGUGCUCCUGGCUCCGAACAUUGUCACCCACUCUCUUUCAGAACCUAGUCUACCUAACAUCGGACAACAUCCAGCUGAUGGAAGUGCUCCACGUGGUGCCGAGCGAAUAUCUGUGCCACGAAGUCCAACUCAUCCACGAUCACUAUGAAACGCCUUGA